AUGUGUGAUUCGGACAAACAACAUCUCUCUUCUGAUCCAAGAAUAAUCUUAAAUGUCGGCGGUAUCAGAUACGAAACGUAUAGAUCAACUCUCCUAGCAUAUCCUCAAACUCUUCUCGGUACAAUGUUUCAACCACGUAAUGACUCCUUACUUCAACCAACCAAUAAUGGCCUCCAUAAUCAUAAGAAUGAAUAUUUUUUUGACAGAAAUGGCUAUGCAUUUCGUUAUAUUUUAGAAUUCUAUCGUACUGGUAAAAUUCUUUGGCCAAAAUCCAUCAACCAUUUGCGCGCUCCCGUUUCUCAAAAUUCCUUGAAACCUUCCAUUACGUCUUCUAUGACCAUAGAUAAUGACAAGAUGGAUUGUUCGGCUCAUCAGUAUACGAUCCCAACCGCUACUGAUACUUUGGCAAAAAUCAUGCCUGUGUCGUUACACGAACUUCAUCCCGCUCAAAUUCUUGAUGACUUUAUUUAUAUUAUAGAAUCUUUAAUUUGUGAAUCAAUUGAAUCAUUUUCUCAAAAAAUUACUAUUAAAUUUUAUGAGGAUUUUCGGCCUGUUGAGGUUUUUAUGGCUAGAUAUCGAAAAGAUGAUGCAUUAAAAGGGUUUGAAGGAAAUACUUUUCCACAAAAUUUUAAUGGGAAAAAAGAUGUUAAAGCUAAAGUCUAUAGAUUAUGCUCAUUUUUUGAUCACUCUAUUAUGUAUAUUGUUAGUCCGUUGCAUGCU